CGAUACAAGAACGCGUUUCAAGAAAUCAAGAGUUUAGGUUGAGGAUGAUGAAGUUGAUCACACGUCUCGUAGUCGUGUUUCUAAUUCAGCUAAAAGCUGUCGAGGGACAAAAACUUGAUCAUAACCUUCAUCAAGUGAAGAUCAGAAAAGAAAAACUUCAAGAUUACGAUCGUAUUAUUGGUCCAGUGGAAUAUCGUGAAAGACGAGUUCUUUCGGUUACGUUUUCUCUGUCUAUUACAAGGCUUGUUUAUGCGGAUACCAAAAAGCAAACCUUGACUCUGGAAGCUUGGGAAGUUAAGGCUUGGAACGAUGAAUACCUCAAGUGGAAACCUAAAAACUUUGGAGGAGUUGGAAGGACUAUCUUUGCCCCCGACGAAAUCUGGGUACCCGAUAUUAUGCUCUACAACAGCGCUAACAGCCCUGACAGCCUAAAUAACUUACCAACCAAACACGUGACCAACGUUUACGUGAAAAAUAGCGGUGACUGCCUUUGGUUUACUCCUAAAACGUACACCAGUAACUGUAUGAUGAAUGUUAAGUACUGGCCAAUAGAUGAGCAGGUGUGUACACUGACCUUUGGAUCGUGGACGUACUUCGAUCACGAGAUGAAGAUCGAGCCGCUUACGUUAACUGAAAACGACACUGAYACAGUUCUGCCUUCAAACGGAGAGUGGGAGAUUAAAUCCAUUAAAUACGUCACUGGAAAAACCGACCAUAGCAACUGUUGCGAUGGUAACUACAGCACUAUCAGCUACCACAUCACCAUCGCUCGUAAACCAGCUCAUCUCCUCUUCUACUUGACGCCUCCAUCGGUCAUCCUUGGUAUUCUGACCCUCAUGAGUUUCUUCAUCCCCACCGAGAGUGGAGAACGAAUCGUACUCUAA